UCUCCCUUUUUUAAUAUUCCGGCCUACUCCCGGCGACUGUAAAAUUCCGUCCACCGUAACAGACAUCAUUUGUCGUUUAUGGUGACAGCACAGGACAGGACUAGUGCCCCUACCCCAAUCGUCCUCGAACACUGAACCGGGCCCACUAGGGGCGUAGCCUUCCCUUCUCUCUCCUACUCCCCCUCCCGCCACGUGUCCCUUCACACCCACACGCCCUGUGAGAGCGUGUGUGCGCCACUCACUCAGCAUGAUGAUAUAUGUUGCAUUCGCCUCACUCUUCACUCUCCCUCUCUCUCUCUCUCUCAUUCACUGGUUUGCUUCCAUUUCAGGAGAGUCGUGAUGACGGCCGACGGCUCCGACGCCGACGAAGUGGCAGCCCGCUUCGACGCCAUGUUCGCCGGCGUGAGCCUCCAAUCCCUUCUCCUCCAACAAAUUCCCCACCUCCACCCGGUCGUCCCCGACGGCGACGACAACUGCCCCCAACUCCCUUCCACCCUCCUCCCACCGCCUCUCGUCCCUAGUGACCAGUACAGCCCAGCUUUGAGCCACGGCAAAACCACCGACGAGGGCUCCUUCCCUAUCAGCAGUAGUACCCUUGUUCUCGAAACUCCUAAACCCGAGCCCCUCGAUGAGCCCCUUGAUGAGCCUGUCACCGCUGAGCUUCAGUUCCCGCCGGUACUGUUCCACCACCUCGACUGCUUUCAGCCCGCUCAGCCGCCCUCGGACUCUCUCUCGGCAGCCACCGGAAGCCAUAUCCCUUGGCAGCAUGAACUCCCCAACAACACCAGCCCGACGCCCGUUCCGGCAUCGCGGAGGCGUGCGGGCUCGAGGAGGGACCUGGUCAGGCAGCGUCAGCGACGCCGUGAUAUCAGCGAGAAGAUGAGGUGCCUAAAGAAGCUAAUGCCGACGACGAACCGGAAAAUGGACAACGCCACCUUGCUGGAGGAGGUCCACAAGUACAUCCGCUUCUUACAGGCCCACGUCUCUGCUCUCCUCUCCAUCCCCGCCCACGUCCAUCAUGGCCCUCCUCCUCCCCCUCCCCCUCCUUGUUAUCAACAGCCUGCACUGCCCCAUCAAGCCGAUAACUACUCAUAUGCCGACGCAGCAAUGAUCGGGUCAGACGGCUGCAGGUCGGUGCUGGGGCUGAACCAGCGGCAACAGACUGUGCUCUACUCCCGAGGCCAGUGCGUGGUCUCCGUGGAGCAGCUGGAGAUGGCAGAGACGGCGAUAAUGGCCCACCACCACUACCAGCAGCAGCAGCAGCAGCAGCAGGAGCAGAGUAUGACGAUGGUGAUGGCAUCCGUGAUGUUCGAUGCUUAUUCCUCGUCGGUUUCGAACUUCUACUGACCCCACCCCCAUGAAUGAUCUACAGACAAACACCACCAGUCAGUCUAGCUAGCUAAUUAGGAAGACCAAAACACGGGAUCUCAUGCAUAUGAUUUUCUUGUCUUCUUUUUUUUUUCAUAGUUAAAAGAUGUUUGGAAAGAACAUCAUUGAUCAGUCUGCUGCAAUUAGAAGAAGCAAAACUCUCAGUCAUUUUGUUUGGAAGGGAAGAGAGAACUUGGCUUUGUGAACGACUUUGAAUCAAUGACCCGACAACUUUUUUACGAUUCCCGUUUCGUUCUGCGUUUGGCAUUCUGCUUCUGCCUGAAAAUAGUUCGUCCGCUCUGCAACGAUGUAGUGAGGGAGGAAUGAGGAUUGAUAUUUGAUUGAGGAAG